CGGGAAUAUGAAAACCAACCUCCAUAAUGGAACAGUUUGUCCUUAAAGCUCCCCUUAGAUAGGCGAUACAAUCAUGCUAACAGUUGUACCAUACAACAAUGAGCUCCAUAGACGUUAUUAAAUUCAUUCCCUUCACUAGAGAAGGGUUUGGGCAAUAUUGAAACCAAGAGUACAUUCCAUUCUAAGGAGGGUUAGCGAAUAUUGAGAGGACCUAGAUUACGUUAUAGAAUAGAGGAUCUGUGGGAAGAGUAUCUGUUGAAGACUCUCCAACGUACAAAGAAGCUACAAGCAUGUAGACAAAUCCUUUAUUUCAUAGUAAUUUUGGGUGGGUCUGUAAUGGUCGAAUAAGAGCAGAGGGAGAAUAGAGACGGGCCAAUCACACACACCAUUCGAGACCCUUUGCUUUUUUUAUAUAGAAAAGCACGAGCUCGUCAUAUAAAAGAAGUAAAGAAGAGGACAAUCGAUCUUAUGUUUGCUUGCUGCAUUGCAUUGCAUUCUCUUUAUAGUUCGAGCUAUAGACGACACCCACUUGAAAAUUUACUUGCUUUCUUUUUUCAUGUGGGUUGGAUGCAGAAGCAUUAAGAUGCAAUAUAGACGAGAAUAAGUGAAGUGGGUAUGUGGGUAUUCUUUAUUUUGCUUCUAUAAUUUUUUUGUUGGUAGUUUGGAUUAGCAAGAUGGGUGAACGGGAGGUUCUGCCAUGGCUGAAGGCAAUGCCUGUGGCACCUGAAUUUCGUCCUACAGAGGCCGAAUUUGCAGACCCCAUUGCUUACAUUUUGAAGAUUGAGAAGGAGGCAUCUCAGUAUGGUAUUUGCAAAAUCAUUCCUCCCAUACCCAAAUCACCUAAGAAGUCUGUCAUUGCAAAUCUGAAUCUCUGUUUAGGCCAACCCAGCAACAACACCAACACUACAGCUGCUACAGGCCUGCAUCCUGGGCCCUCUGUCAACAGCAAUGUUUUAGUGAGAGAAAAUGGUGUUGCAAAAUUCACAACUCGCCAACAGCAAAUAGGAUGGAGUCUGAAGAGGCCCAGGGGAGGGGGGGGCCCUGUUCAGACUGUUGUACAAAAACCAGUAUGGCAGAGUGGGGAGACUUACACAUUGGAGCAAUUUGAAGCCAAAGCAAAGCAUUUCUCAAGGUCUCGCCUCAAAACCACCAAGGACGCUGCUCCUCUUAUGGUAGAGACAUUGUUCUGGAAGGCAACUGCUGAUAAACCUAUUACCGUGGAGUAUGCCAAUGAUAUCCCUGGUACAGCUUUUGGGGACCCUGGUAAGAAAUUUUCACCUCCAUCAUCACCCCCAUCUGGCAGAAGGAAAAGAAAGAAAUACCAACAGUGGAAACAGAAGAAAGAAGAGGGUUCUCAUGAUGCAUGCGACAUAACAGAUACUGCCUGGAAUAUGAGGAUUGUGUCUAGGUCAGAUGGAUCGUUGCUUCGUUACAUGCCUGUUGAGGUGGCUGGUGUUACUUCUCCAAUGAUUUACAUUGCCAUGUUGUUCAGCUGGUUCGCUUGGCAUGUUGAGGACCAUGACUUGCACAGUUUAAACUAUCUGCAUAUGGGUGCUCCAAAAACCUGGUAUGCUGUGCCAGGAGAAGCAGCUUCAGCUUUUGAGGAAGUAGUGAGACGAGAAGGAUAUGGUGGUCAGGUCAAUCCACUAGUUGCGUUUGCAAUGUUGGGUGAAAAAACAACAGUGAUGUCACCAGAAGUACUGAUAGCCGCAUCUGUUCCCUGUUGCAGGGUAGUGCAGAAUGCAGGGGAGUUUGUUAUCACUUUUCCAAGGGCAUAUCACUUAGGGUUCAGCCAUGGAUUCAAUUGUGGGGAGGCAGCUAAUCUUGCAACUCCUGAGUGGCUUAAGGUGGCAAAAGAAGCUGCAGUUCGCCGAGCAGCAACAAAGUUUCUUCCCAUGCUUUCACACCAACAAUUGUUAUAUUUACUUGCGUUGGGUUCCACUUCGAGGAUACCCAUGAGCGUAACAUCAGAACCCCGCAGCUCCCGAUUAAAACACCGGCAAAGAGGAGAAGGAGAGAUGAUAGUCAAGAAGGGUUUUCUGGAUGAUGUGAUUGAGAAUAAUUCUCGACUUAGCCGCCUUCUCCAAAAAACAUCCGCUCAUCAUGCCGUUCUAUGGAAUUCUGCCAAUGUCUCCUGCGAUUUUCCGUAUUCCCCUUUGUGUUUCUCUACAUUAUCUGAGAUAAAAUCCAGUGCAUCAUUGUGCAUGGAUGGUAUGGAUGUGUCAGCAUUACCAUCAGAAACUGCAUCCAAUAUUAGCACCCCAGCAUGUAUUAAGGAAGAGUUCUGUAGAGGGAGCUCCUUCACAACCGCAGAAAAGGAACCAAGCUCAAGAAUUGGCACUUCUUUGUUAAACAACGUCAAGCAGGAAGACAUUGCUUCUUAUUAUGCCAAUCCUUCAAGCUUGCAUGAUAACAAUAAUGACCAGGGAAGUAAAGCACUUUAUGGGGACAUGUCUUCAAGUGAAACAGACAUUGAUACAGGUCCAUUGGCUUGCACUGUAUGUGGAAUUUUGGGCUUUGCUAGCAUGGCUGUAAUACAACCUUGCCAAGAAGCAGCUACUGUACUCCUCUCUACUAACUACAAGACUGGCCAGAACUAUGUCGUGACUGAUGGAUCUGAAACAGCUCUAGCUACACAGUCAAAAAUGUACUUAAUGGACAAUAAGAAUGUUUUUAAAAGAAAAAUGGUACAACUUAACCAGCAUGGAGCUGCGCCUGCCUAUAAAGACACCCACGCUUAUCAACAUGUUUCUGAGAAUAUGGAUUUGGUUGAUGUCAAGGAAGUCAUGCAGAUAGAAUCAAUUGGAUUAACCGGAAAAAGUUCUGGAAUUUUCUUAGAAUCAUUUAAACAGAAAGAAUCCAUUGACUCAUCUGUUCCAAAUGAUGCAUGCAUGCCAAAGACUUCAUCAAGUGGUAAUAAUUCAGGCAUACCUCAAAUAUCGGCUCUAGAUCUUCUGGCAGCUACUUAUGGUGACACUAUGGAUUCUGAUGAGGAAAAUGACACAAAUGUAACAAAUACCAGUGAUCAUGCUUGUGAUACAUCAAAUGGUGCAGAGUUUGAAAAUAGUCAUGAUCUUUGUGAUGCUGCUGAUGUACCUAAAGUCGAUGUUUUUGUUUCGAAGGGCCAUAAUCUGCAAAAGCAUCCCCAGCUUUCAUCCUGUGCAUUAGCUGGAAGUAAAGAAGAAAUUCAAAUUAAUGAUGUACUGAUUUCAGAAGGCCUUAAACCAGACAAUAUAUGCCCAUUUGCAAAUGAAGAUAUGAAGGAUUCCUUUAGCAAUUCCAUGAGAACAGACACAUUUAUUGCUGGAGAAUCAUCUAUUUGUUCAUCAGACCAAUGUCUUACAAGGAAUGCAACAUUUCACAGUUAUGUUUCUGAGGAUCAGAAUGACUUUCAGAGAGAACUCAAUGUUAGUGGUAUUCAGUUUCCAGUUGUGGAAGGAAAUAAUAGCCUUCAAAAACAUAAUUCACUGGCCCCAGCAUGCAUGACUGGUCUUGAUAAUAUUCUACAAAUAAGCUUGAAAGGGACUCUUGACAGCAGUGUUCAUCCCAGCAGUCGAUUAGAAGAUCCUAAUGAGGUUUCUAGAAGCUGUAAAGAACCUUCUGGCAUGGUUGUUUCCUCUACCAGAGAUGGUAAAGGUGAUCUCACCCAGAUUGAACUGAGUUCAAAAAAUUCUAACUUAGAGAUGUCUGAAUCUAAACAGUCUACCGAAGAUCUUGAAGCUGGAAAAUCAGCCCUUGAUCGUUGUGCAGACUGCUCUGAGACGCAAUAUGUAUAUGAUUGUCAACCACUUAAUCAAGUUCCUGUGCACUAUGAACCAAAGGAAAUUUGUGCAAACAAUGAUGGCAGUGUUUCAAUGUCAGUCGGGAGUAACAAAACACAAGCAUGUGAUGUAGUGGUUGCUAAUACGAGUCAUGUUGCAGAUGCAGGUUCAUUACCGGACAAAACUUAUGAUAUGCCAAGAGAGACUACAAAUGCUUCCUCUUUAUGGAAGCCUGCCAAGGGAUUUCUAAGACCACGAGUGUUUUGUCUUGAGCAUGCAUUAGAGAUACAGGAGCAACUGCAGCCAAUGGGAGAUGCACAUUUUCUGAUUGUAUGCCAUUUAAGCUAUCCAAAAAUGGAACAGCAGGCAAGAUUGCUUGCAGCUGAAUUGGGCAAUGACUACUCCUGGAAGGACAUUCAAUUUAAGAAAGUGGCUGCAGAAGACCUAGAAGUAAUUCAUUCAGCUAUUGAUGAUGACGAGGACACAGAAAUAGGAAGUAAUGACUGGACUGUGCAGUUGGGUGUGAGUUUGCAUUAUAGUGUCAAACUUAGCAAGUCGCCCUUAUUUUGCAAGCAGAUGCCUUAUAAUCCAAUUUUAGAAGCAUUGUUUAUUAACAGUUAUUUAAAUAACUACUCUGAUGACAGUGCAUAUGGAUCUUCAUGGAAUUGUGAUAUGAACAAACAAGGGAAGAAAAGCAAGCAUAAAAAGAUAACUGUUGCAGGAAAAUGGUGUGGAAGAGUGUGGAUGGUGAAUCAGGUUCAUCCAUAUUUGAGAGACCCUGAAGUUCAGCCAUCUGCUUUUUUUGCACCAAAGACAAUAAAAAUUGGAGCCAGUCAGGAGCAAGGGCAUCUUCAGAAAUGCAUGGGCCAAGAUGCCGACUGUAAACCCAUAGUAAAGCCGAAAAAUAUAAUUACUUCAGAUAACAACAUGGUAGAAAUACAAGAUGGCUCCCACUUUCAGAAAGAAACAAUUCAGGAUCCAGAUAGCAAGCUCAUAUUAAAACCGAGAAUGACCAUUACAUCAGGCAAGAUCAUAAAAUCUACUCCCAGUGAACAGCCUUUAAUGACUUACAAAAAAAACAAACACAAUGCAAAAAUGUCUACAAGAUCAGGUUUUAAAGGAAAAAUGAGCUUAGAAAGGCAAAUAGGUAAUAUUAUGGCUCAACUAUCACAAAACAAAACAGUAAGUAUGGAUGAGAGUACUUUGCUAACCAACCAGCCAAAGGGAUUUCAAGAAGAUUCCAUAAUAAAAUCUGAGUCUGUUGCUUUUUCUACUCAUUCUGAGUUAAACAAGGAUGCUGAAGGUAUGAGGCAAAGGGAGAAAGUACUAGAGAAUGGAAAUUGUGUCCAGGCCAACCAUACUGAUUAUAAAGAAGACACCUCUGGGCUAGAGAUAGAAAUUCAGCACACGAGAGGAAUUUUUGGAGAAAAUACUAUGCAAAACAAAACAAACAGACAAUUAGUUGUGAAAGAUGAGGUUGAGGUCAUUCCCAAUCAAGGUUCUCAAGUCCAGUGUUUUGAGAAUGCUCUUAUCAGCAACUCACAUACUGUUUCACGUUCCUGCUCAAGCAGAACAGGUGAGCUUGAAGGGGGGCCAUGUACAAGACUAAGGCCAAGAUCAUCAAAACCUAAGGAGGAGGUAGUAAACAGAGUUGCAGAGAAAGCAUUACAGCAAUCUGCCUCCUCUAAAACGAUAGCAAAGGGAAAGAAGAAAGUAGCAAAACCCAUACCAUCUAAGAAUGGUGAAGAUAAAAAUAUAUAUUGCUGUGAUACUGAAGGCUGUACUAUGAAAUUCUCAUCAAAACAUGAUCUACAUUUGCACAAGCGUAAUAUAUGCACUUAUAAAGGAUGCGGAAAACACUUUUUCUCACACAAAUACCUUGUACAACAUCGCCGUGUUCAUUUGGAUGAGAGGCCUCUUAGUUGUCCUUGGGAAGGUUGUGAAAUGACAUUCAAAUGGGCAUGGGCAAGAACAGAGCAUAUUCGUGUCCACACUGGAGAACGCCCUUAUGUCUGUACAACAGCUGGAUGUGGUCAAACAUUUCGAUUUGUAUCAGAUUUCAGUCGGCACAAACGAAAAACUGGCCAUCUACCAAAAAAAUAGAUCCUACCAAAAUCUUACAAGCAUUCUUUGCUUCUUUGCAAUGCUGAUUUUUUAUCCAGAUGAUUGUAACAUUCAUGUAAUUCUAUUUUAAUUUAACUUUACACCAUUGUAAGGAUAACAUUGGCAGUAUUCUGGCUUCUCCUGGCAAUUUGGUAAUUGUUGUAGUGCAUGGUGAAGCAGCUAGUCACUGGUUGUUUCAACCGCAGAAUUUUCACUGUGGUUGGUGAGCAUAAGAAUGGGGAUGGCUUUAAGUAUCCACACAUCUGGACAUGAAUAGAUUAUUUUAUUAUCCA